UUGCUGCGGCCGCUUACAUCACGCAGCGCCGCGCUUUUCCUGCUUAGACCGGCUGAUGCAUGCAGAUCCUCAGAAGCCCCGAACUACAUUUUCCUCACGACUAUUCUGUGCUAAAUGUGACGGGAAAACUACAACUCCAGCGAUGCAACAGGGACUGGGAGCCCGGCGUUUCCGCUGUCAGCUGUCAUCCGCGCAUUUCUAGCGGCGGUCCUGCGUGAUUCAGGAGAGCGACGCAGAAACGCGUGGAGAAGCGGCACCUGCACCUCACCGGAGCACAAAGCAAAUAAAGCACAAAAAGCAAUUGCUUCGAAGCCUUUGCAGCCCAGUGAACCAGUUCUUUUUCGUACCAAGAUAUAUCUACUAAGAGCCCACGAAAGAGGAGAUGAUAUGUUGACCCAGACCCGGCUGCUGCUCAGACUGACCCAUCCUAGCAGGGUUUGGACUGUGGAUCCAGGCCCGAUCAGCUGACAUUGUAGUGCACACCGUGGGCUGUGGAGCUGGAAUAGGAGGGAGGUACACCGCAAAGAGAGGUGGAGAGAAUGGAGAAGGAGCGGUGGAGGGAGAUGGAGAAGGUGGGCUUCCAGCUGGUGAACCGCGGGGAGGAAGAGGAGAUGGAGGUGUGUGGCUUCGUCCCCAGUCCCUGGAGGAUCUGUCUGCUCGUCCUGGGCUGUGUGCUGUCGGGGGGCCUCCUGGCCCUGCUGCUGCUCUGGGUCCCCCAGUGGAGCGUCCGUUGGGCCUGUGUGCCUGCCCCCCUCCCCCAGGCAUCUGUGCUGCUGCUACGCACUACUGAUGAGUUUGGGCGGUACUUCCGGGUCCGGAUCAAAACUCUGCAGAUUCCCCAUAUGGACCCUCCGGGAAUGGGCGUGGCCAGUGAGGGAGCUGGGGGCGUGGCCAGAGAUGGAGCUGGGGGCGUGGCCAGAGAACAGGCGAUCACAGAGGACUGCGGCAAGGGGCCACAGGAGCAUGCACUCUAUUGGGAGGUACGAUGCUUUCACCUGCAGUCUGUCACAUACAUGUGGAACUCGGAGGCCCGCAGUUACCAGCCGCUAGACACCCUGGACCAUGGCAUCCCCAUCGCAAACUUCUACUCCCUGCACAGCCGUGGGCUGUCAGCCAGCAGGCAGGAGAACAGGAGGCUGUUCUAUGGCAUCAACCAGAUUGAAGUAAAAGUGCCUUCGGUUCCCAAUCUGCUUGUCAAGGAGGUUGAGUAUCUGCAUGCCCAAGGUCCUCCCAGACAGCAGGAGGUGCUCAACCCUUUCUAUAUUUUCCAAGUAUUCAGCGUUAUUCUCUGGUCUCUGGAUGAUUACUAUUACUACGCCUCAGCCAUCUUUCUGAUGUCACUGCUGUCUGUCUGUACCUCACUGUAUACUGUCCGUAAGCAUUACAUCCUACUCCAUGACAUGGUGUCUGCUCACAACGUGAUCCGAUGCUCCGUCUACAGGGGGGAUCAAGAGGUGGAGGAGAUCCUGUCCACUGACCUAGUGCCUGGUGAUGUCAUCAUCAUUCCAUCCAAUGGCAUGAUGAUGCCCUGUGAUGCAGCUCUGAUAGGUGGGACCUGCAUUGUUAAUGAAAGCAUGCUGACAGGGGAAAGUGUUCCUGUGACCAAGACCCAACUGCCGCUGCCCCCUAGUGGUGGUGACGAUGACAGGCUGCAGGAACCCGCGUAUGAUCCAGAGGAACACCGAAGACACACACUUUUCUGUGGCACGCAGGUCAUCCAAACCCGCUACUACAGUGGGGAGAGCGUCAAAGCUGUGGUUGUCCGCACAGGCUUCUCCACGGUGAAGGGCCAGCUGGUGAGGUCCAUUCUAUACCCCAAGCCAUCCAACUUCCAGCUGUACAGAGACGCUGUACGCUUCCUGCUGGGCUUGGUGUGUGUGGCAGCUGUGGGAGUGGCCUAUUCCAUCUACACCAGUGCCUCCCAGGGGGUGAGUGAGGCAGGGGGUGUGGCCUAUUCCAUCUACACCAGUGCCUCCCAGGGGGAGUCAGUGGGGCGCAUUGUGCUGGAGGCCCUGGACAUUAUAACCAUCACAGUGCCACCCGCCCUGCCCGCCGCAAUGACUGCUGGCAUCGUCUACGCCCAGCACCGUCUCCGGAGGACAGGCAUAUUUUGCACCAGCCCCCAUCGGAUCAACACCUGUGGCCAGGUCAACCUGGUGUGCUUUGACAAGACCGGAACCCUGACUGAAGACGGCCUUGAUCUGUGGGGCAUUCAGAGAGUCGAGGACAGCAGGUUCACUCCUCCAGAGCAGGAGAUGGCGGAGGAUGUCCAGGCCCCCUCCCACUUUCUGGUAGCCAUGGCGUCCUGUCACUCCCUGACCCGAAUCGAAGGCCGGCUCGCUGGAGACCCUCUUGACAUCAAGAUGUUUGAGGCCACCGGCUGGGACCUAGAGGAGCCCAGUCCUGACGAGACCUCCAACCACGACCUCAUCAUGCCCACGGUGGUACGACCUGCCAAGCCGCCCCCUGGGAGAAGCCCCCCCUGCCAGGAGAUCGAUCAGGAUAUCAGAGAACUUAUGGGGCGCUAUGAAGUCGGGGUGCUGGCCCAGUUCCCUUUCUCUUCCACUCUGCAGCGCAUGAGUGUGGUGACCCGUGUGCUUGGGGAGCGCAGGCUGCAGGCCUACCUCAAGGGGGCACCGGAGACUGUGGUCAGUCUUUGCCAACCAGACACAGUGCCCCCGGAUUUCUGGGAGGUGCUGGACAGUUACACUCGCCAGGGCCUGAGGGUGAUUGCACUGGCACACCGGCAGCUCGAACCCAAGUUCACAUGGCAUCGUCUACAUAUAACCAACAGGGAGGCCAUUGAGUGCGAGAUGAAAUUUCUGGGUCUACUGAUGCUGCAGAACAAGCUGAAACCGCAGACGGUGCCGGUGCUGGCGGAGCUCCACCAGGCCCACAUCCGCACCAUCAUGGUGACAGGGGACAGCAUGCUGACUGCAGUCUCCGUGGCGAGGGAAUGUGGUCUGAUCCCACCUCACACCCAGGUGAUCAUCACAGAGGCCCAGCCCUCCCAUGAGGGGCAGCCCGCCACCGUGUCCUGGAGCUACAGCCAGGACAGUCCCUACCCCAUGCUCCCCCCCGGAGAGACGCAGGUCAGUCUGGGCACGCAGCAGAAUCCUCCCCGGACCAGCUACCAUUUUGCCAUGAGUGGCCGAACCUUUGCCAUCAUCCUCGAACACUUCUCAGAGCUGCUGCCCAAGUUGCUGCUCUGUGGGACGGUGUAUGCCAGGAUGGCCCCUGACCAGAAGACACAGCUGGUGGAAGAGCUGCAGAAAGUGGACUAUUAUGUGGCCAUGUGUGGAGAUGGGGCCAAUGAUUGUGGGGCUCUGAAGAGGGCACACGCCGGCAUCUCCCUGUCGGAGCUGGAGGCCUCUGUGGCGUCCCCCUUCACCUCUCGUACCCCGGACAUCUCCUGCGUGCCGCACCUGAUCAGGGAGGGCAGGGCAGCCCUGGUCACCUCCUUCUGCGUCUUCAAAUUCAUGGCGCUCUAUAGCAUCAUCCAGUACCUCUGUGUGCUGCUGCUCUACUCGAUCCUCAGUAACAUGGGAGAUUCCCAGUACCUGUUCAUCGACAUUGCCAUCAUAAUGUCUUUGGCGUUCACCAUGAGCCUUAGCCCAGCCUGGAAACAACUGGUGGCCCAGCACCCCCCAUCCACGCUAUUGGCCCCCCCUCUUCUGCUCUCGGUGGUGGGGCAGAUCCUGCUGGCUCUCUCCUUCCAGACUGCCACCUUCCUGCUGGCCGAUAUAUAUGCGCAGAAUGAGACCCAGCCUUCUGAUUGGCUGGUUGGGAACACGACAGGGAUGACAACCAAUGGGAGUAGACCAGUAUCUGACAAAGAUGAGAAGGAUUCCGACAACAUUGAGAACCUGCAGAACACCAGCCUGUUCUUUGUGUCGGGCUGCCAGUACCUCACCGUCGCCCUGGUCUUUAACCGAGGACCCCCCUUCCGACAGCCCCUCUACACUAACUAUCUCUUCAUGCUGUGUAUCGUAUUCUGCUACGGUUUCCUGAUUGUCAAUCUACUGCACCCUGUACCAGCCCUGCAGGACUUCUUCCAGCUGGUGUUCAUACCCAUGGAAUGGCGUGUAACUCUGCUGGGACUCAUCAUAGCCAAUCUGAUCCUGGCUUUUACACUAGAGAGUUUCAUUACAGAUUUCAAAGACCUGUGGAAUAGAUCGUUCGCUAGGCAGAAGCUAGAUGAGCCACACCCUGAUUCCCUCUGCCCGCAGAUGGAAGUGGAUGGAAUCCCGUCGCCCAGCCGUGCUUGCUGUUGCCACAGCUCCGAGCCUCCCCGAGCCCGGUACCAGCGCCUCGCCCAGCAGCUGCUGCUGGAUCCUGACUGGCCGCCCCCGCCGAGCACCAAAGCAAAGCCCCCCACCCGCGUCGACAGUGGUGCAGUACAGGGCCUGGUGCCCCAGACCACACCCCUUUGAGUAACCAUGUUGUUCAUGGAGGUAACAAACAUCCUCAGGAGAGGAGGAUCUCGACCUGGUCCAGGUCCUGGUCUGAACCUUUCCAUGUUAAUCACCACCCAUCUCAAAUAUGUCAGUUUUGAUGGCCUGUGUGGUAAAUUCCUUAAUAUAUUUGGUAUGUGGAAGGACUCCCUUGUGACUCACAUGCUACCUGAAGCAUGUCUGAUCCCAGUACACAAAUUACAUCCACAAUUUCACUGUUGUCUUUGUCAUAUCGUGUAGGAUAUGAGACCAAAUGAUGAGUGAAUCUCUGACCUUUUUGAUCACAAUUAGAAGUCAUCAAACUGUGAAAUGUUUAAAUUUAUUACAUGUAAGUGAGGGGCAAUAUUUGUGAUAGUGUCCUAAUUAACAGAUGGGCUAGUUAUCUAUAAUAACUGUAAGAUUAUGACCAAAUGUCUGAAUUGUGCCUCUGCACAUCUUUAUGCAGAGUUUAGCUACCAGUAAGGAGAUGUUUUGCUUUGACCAAACCUGUGCCAAAUUUUCAAAGUCACGAAAAGUUAAAAGCGAUGUGCAAAAAGCCCUCUUUAAAAAAGUGAUUUCCUUGAGUGUUAAGGGCAAAUGAAGACCACACCACAACAUUUUAUAACAGUAAAUGGAUUAUAUGUGUACAAGGCCUUCAAGAAAGGUCAGGAAAGAAAACAAUAAUUUUAUAUUUCCAUUAAUUUAUUUAUUUAUUUAAACAAAAAGGAGCAGACUGUAUUAUUCUUCAAACAACUUUAAACUUUUGAUCUGCAUUUCUGUUGAACAGACGUGCAAGUAAAUACUGUACCUGAUUACUGUUCAAGGGAUUUUAUUUAAGCAUGUAUGUAUAUUUUGCAGAGAAUGACAUAUGUAAUAAACCUAUGUGUGUAUAUAAGGAACACGAAGAACAGCAUCAAUAAAUUUAUAAUCUAUGAAUCAACAUA